AUGGACGGAGAACCACCUCAAGAAGAGGAUUUCUCUCAAAUCCCUAUAAUCGAAAGAAGUCAACAUAAGAACUGGAAAGCAAGACUAUCGGCGUAUACUGAUGUGAUAUCUAAAUCAGCAAAGACAGCUUCGGAUACUGAUCCUUUCUUUCGACCAUUUGUAUCAGAUGGUGCAUUACUGAAAAAAUGGUGUCUAGAUGCAAAUGCUGUAGCUCAAGAAAAGGGUAUUGAAGCUGUAUUAGCUAUAGUGCGGUAUAGCGGGGAAACGAGUGCCAAAGUCAGACCGGAGGUGAUACCUGCCAUAGUGGAUAAGGCACUAGGUUCUGCCCGAGCCGGAACAAAGAAGAAAGGUAUAGAUCUCUGUGCUAUGUUUGUCGAGGUAGAAAACGGGGGAGAGGGCGUAAUGGAGGAUGUCAUGGUGGGACUUGGAGCCAAACUACCGAAAGCUGUAGCUGGAACAGUAACAUGUCUCAAGGAGAUAGUUGAGUCAUUUGGUGUACCAGCAUUAGGCAAUAUCAAACCUUUUCUCAGAUCCCUAUCUAAGGUAUUCGGCCAUUCAGAUAAAAAUGUUCGAGCUGAAGGAACCGCACUUACUCUUGCUCUUUACACUUAUCUUGGUCCAGCACUGCUUCCAGCUUUAGCUGAGCUAAAGCCCGUUCAAAUGACAGAACUGCAAAAGUCUUUCGAUUCACUGGAUGCGGAAGGAAAGGGAGCUGGCACUGGGAAACCGACAAGGUAUACCAGGAAAACGCAGAGGGAAAGAGAAGCGGCAGAAGCUUCGGGGAUUAAUGACGUAGAAGCUGAAAAUGGAGGAGAGGAAGAAGCACCUGCACCAAUGGAUCCGAAAUCUCUACUCGAUCCAGUGGAUGCGCUGUCUCUGUUCCCAUCUGACUUGUCGGAUAGAUUAGCUUCGACCAAAUGGAAAGAUCGUUUAGAAUCGUUGGAAGAAUGUACCAAAGUACUCGUUCAGCCUCAAAAUGCUGCGAUAUCAGAUUCAAAUGUCGAUUCAUACGGACCCUUAGCUCAGACUUUAGGUACAAAAUGCAAAUCUGACGCAAACGUCAAUGUAGUCAUGGAAGCUGCUAAAGUUUUAGAAGGUAUCGCCAAAGGGAUGGGAAAGCCUUUUGGAAGAUUUAGAGGUGCUAUAAUGCCUGGAUGUUUGGAAAGAUUGAAGGAAAGAAAAGCCAAUGUAACGGAUGCUGUGGGCAGAGCGCUUGAUGCUGUCUUCUCCACGACGACUUUGUCUGACAUAGUCGAAGAUGUUCUGACCUCCCUUAAAUCAAAGAAUCCUCAAGUGAAGGAAGGUACACUGAAAUUCCUACAUCGAUCCUUGCAAACUACCACAGACGCACCAGGAAAAGAACAAGUGAAACCGAUUGCGGAAUCUCUUGUUGCCCUCUUAGGAGAUAGUGCCGAACCCGUCCGAACGACAGCGGCUGAAUGUUUAGGUACAUUGAUGAAGAUUCUCGGUGAAAGGGCCUUUAAUCCUUAUAUAGAGGGAGUAGGGGAACUACAAAUGGCUAAAGUGAAAGAUGCAUUUGGCAGAGCGGAGAUAAGGUAUAAGGUUGGAGGUCCCGCUAAAGCUGCAGGUGGAGCCAAACCUUCUGGUGCCGCCAAACCUGCUCCGGGUACUGUCAAGAAAGCUGCACCUCCAAAGCCAGCUCUAUCGGGAUCGCCGCCAAUUAAAUCAUCAGGAAAAUUCAAUACAAAUGAGUUCAUGGACGAAUUCUCGGCUCCUCCUGUCAAGGCCCCUCCCGCUCGGUUUGCUGCUCCACCUUCAUCACCCAAACCACCUUCAGCACCCCCGAUCAAGCGUCCACCCCCCUCAGCAGCAGCAGGACCUUCUAAGCCAGCUCCUAAACCAGCAGUCAAACCGGCAGCGUCAGGGCCUGCCAAAGCGGGCUCAGCUAAAUCAUUAGCCUCGUCACCUUCAGAACCUGUGAAAUAUCGUUAUUCACCAGAAGAAGCAGCUUCGAUAGCUUCAGAUGUAAUCCCAGCGGAUUAUCACACAAGGUUAGCUGACGCUGCCUGGAAGGUUAGACUAGAAGCUGCCGAGGAGAUGGUUAAAUGGGUCGGGGAGGAAGAUGGAGCUGAAAAGGUCGACAGUGAAGUCAUGAUGAGAUUCUUGGGUAAAACUCCAGGUUGGGCUGAAAAGAAUUUCCAGGUCUCUGCAAAGCUGUAUCAAGUGAUGGGUCUGAUGGCUGAGAAAUCACCUUCAUUCGGUAAACCUGCGGCUGCUUUGGUCAUUGGACCAUUGACAGAUAAACUGGGAGAUAUGAAACUUAAAAAACCAUCUGGAGAUGCUUUGACUGCGUUCGCAGAGAAAACUUCUCUUGCGUUUGUGCUUGCUCAAGGAUACGAGCCAAUGACAAAGCAAAAAGCACCGAAAGCCCAAGCAGAUGCCCUGACUUGGAUGAAGCAACAACUCAUCGAUUUUGGUAUCGCCGGUAUCCCUCUGCGAGACAUGAUUGGCUUCGUGAAGAAUGCUCUUGGAUCACCUAAUGCCUUAGUUAGGAAAAGUGCCACCGAAGUCUUGGUUACCGUUAGAAUCGCUGUCGGAGCUGACAUAUCUGGAUUCCUGGAAGAUCUCAAUCCUCAACUGUUGAAUACGAUAAACUCGGAGUUUGAAAAGGUAGCAUCUUCGACUCCACCUGAGCCUACCAAGACUCAAGGGGAUCUACAAGAAGUAGCAGCCACAGGUCCGGGCAAAGCGGGCAAAUCUACCGGAGGAGAUCCACUGGAUGAUCUGAUUCCAAGACAAGAUUUAGAUAGAUUGGUUGCCUCGACUUCGGUAGUUGCAGAUUCGAAGAGUGAUGCAUGGAAAGUUAGGAAAGAAGCUUUCGAAGCUCUGAACGCUGUACUGGAUGUGAAAAGUAACAACAGGCUCAAAAGUAAUAUGGGUGAGAUUGGCGGAGUGCUGAAGAAGGCGAUGGCAGAUACCAAUUUGUCAGUCAAAAUGCUCGCGCUUGGUAUUAUCUCCAAAAUUGCAGCCGGAAUGGGUCAGCCCUUCGAUAAGUACCUGAAGCUUCUCGUCGCUCCCGUUUGUAGUGUUUGUGCCGAUCAGAAAGCCACUACCCGAACAGCAGCUAUGGCUACUCUGACAGCCAUGGCCGAUGCCACUGGCGGUCUGGAUGGUAUGUACACCGGUUUAGGGGCAAGCUUAGAGUCCGCAAACCCACUUCUGAGGGCCUCUGUUCUUGGUUGGCUUGCCGAGCGAGUGAAGGAUGACCCCCCUUCGCCCAAUUCCGAUAUGUCACCCCUUGCUGGACCGGUCAUACAUUGCCUUGAAGAUAGAAACGGAGAUGUCAGAAAAGGGGCUGGCGCCGUCUUACCAUUCGUUGUUGCUAGUGCUGGGUAUGACUACGUUAUGGACCAAACUUCAAGCCUGAAACCUGCUUCGAAGGCCACAAUCGUCCCACUCAUCAAUAACGCUCGAUCCAACGCAUCUUCAUCAUCAGCCGCGCCACCUCCGAGCGCACCUGCAGCCCCUCCUGCCAAAACAGCGACUACUCCUUCCGCUUCGCGUGUAGCUAAAACAUCCGCUGCAGCGCGUUCAGCUCCUGGAUCUCCAGCUCCAACUGCUGUUCCGACGCUACCCAAACCUUCAGCUGCCCCUUCCCGAUCACUCGCCAUGAAAGCUCUAUCUUCCGUCCCUUCGUCGCGACCGGCGUCAUCCUUAAGUCAAGGAGAAGAACGAACAUCCGGGUUACCGAAAUCUCGGAUGGCGCCACCUCGACCUGCAUCCUCAGCUUCUCAUGCACCUUCAAUAGCUUCUUCCGCUCCUGCUUCCAGAGUCGUCCCCUUCCUUACCAAUGAUCCCGCGCCGCGAGUCACUCGAAUUAAGCGAGAUUCAACCAGAUGGGUACUGGACCCUUCACCUAAAGCAUCAUCAGAUUUGUACGAAUACCUUCAACAUCAAAUGGAACCUCAUGUUGCUCCUGAACUAUUCUCAUUACUGUUCAGCAAAGACCACAGAGCUGAAGAAGACUUCAUGGCUGGGCUAGCGCUUAUGGCAGAAUUUUACGACAUCAAUGGAUCUGCAAGCUUCGGUCUGUCAAACGAUGAAGUAUACUCCACUCAACUCGCCAAUGUUGAUCUGGCUUUAAAAUACGCUGCGCUUAAAUUACUGGGAAAUAACUCUCAAUUGGUUAAUAGAUGCUUGGAAUUGAUGAGUAACGUGGUCGAGUUACUGCCCAAAAACAACGAGAGGUUCUCUGAUGCUGAGGCUAAGCUUUUUGUUCCCGCUCUGGUCUUUAAGCUCGGUGAUGCUAAAUUUGGACCUAAACUUGCACCCAUCUUUGAGUCGCUCGAUAAAGUUAUCGCUGGUUCUCAAGUUGUAGCCUUAUUGGUACAAUUUGGUUUGGAAGACAAAUCAGCCGGAAAAACAUGUAAAAACGAAUCUUUGGCCUUGAUCGAAAAAGCGUAUAAGAAACGAGGUUCAAUUUUGAGGACUAGAGAUGACAGAGGAUUUUACGAAACUAUUGCUAGGUGUAUAAGUGACAGUGGAACCAGAAAUGCCGCUCUGAGCGUUAUGGCGCUCCUUCAACUGCAAGGUGAAUCCAAAAGUUUAGCGGCUGUGGUUGAUUCAAUGCCUCAAUCAUCGAAAGAUAUGCUGGCGAAUCGAAGAUCAACGAUGGCCGCGAGCAAAGCCAGUGUACCCAAUCCUUUGGUUGCCAAGGUUUCGACUGACGCGUUAGGUGAAGCUUCACCACGGAUAAAACGACCGACAGCUAUGGCAAGUCCUCGAGUCAACCAGGUACCUCGAGAGACAGCUGUAGAUUCACCAAGGGGAACAACGAGAGGCACAGCUUCCCCAGCAUCAAGGUUACCUAAAUCCAACGUCGAUUCUCCUUCUCUCAGUCGGGGCAUUCCUGCUCCAUCGGGAUUACCUCGACCUGGUAUCCCAGCUCCAUCGGCAGCUACCAGUCGACUUCAAAGACCGGCCGGAGACGUCUUUGGAGCUCCGAACGGUCGAUCAGCAGCUCUUCAACCACUUAGUAGGGCACCAGUUCAGCGAUCAAAUGCAACUGAUGUGAUCAAAGCAAUCAACGAAAUUCGACACGACGACCUAGAUAGAUGUGUUGACGCUUUGAAAGUAAUUCAGCACAUGCUGAGCUCGACGCCAGAACUAUUUAUUGACAAUGUUGAAACUUUAUCCGAUACUUUGAUGGACGAAAUGGAAUUUGCGUUCACACCACCAGAGAAUCUACGUGAACCAAGAUAUUUCAGAGUUGUCAAACAUCUCAUUCAAAGUUUCUCGGGUCUAUCAUCAAAUCAAGAUUUAAUGAAAAGACUAUCAUACACUCAACUUUACUCAGUCCUGAAUUGUCUUUCACUCAGAUUAGUUCAAGCUGAUAAACUAGGUGGUCCAAUUCAAGAUAUGUCAAGAUUUUUUAAUUUGGUUUUAGUACAAUGUUUAUCUACUCCCGAUAGGUUGUUAGUUUUCCAAGUGAUGUUCAAACUCUUAUUGGAUCUCACAAAAGAUUUCUCCAUCGAAGGAGUUAAAGCAGAAAGUGAAAAAGCAAAUCAUCCAGAUUUAGUCAUUAAAUGUCUCUGGAAGAGAUGUAAGAUUUUGGAUGAUGACUUCCGUUCAGGUAGAUUACAGCCAGGACCUCUAUUGGCUGUUUUAGAAGAUUUCUUACAAGGUGUCGGUCCUUCAGAAUAUAGAAAGAGAGCUUCAGAAGGUAUAGCUUUAGGUGAUAUGCCUUUAAGGACAGUAAAGACUAUAAUACAGAAAAUGCUUGUCUAUACGCAGGAAGCAGGACUGGAAGUGUAUGAUAUACUCCUCAAUCAAUUUGGUGAUGAAGCGGCUUCCACCAUAGUGUAUACAUAUGUUUUCAGGUUAGCUGGAAGAGAAACUGCCAGACCAUCCUCAAGAACUAGAGAACCACUUACCGCUGUAUCUGAAAACGAUCAACCUACUUCUUCAUCCAGUACAGCUAUAUCAAGUGCUACAACUCCCACUUUUGAGAGUGCGCCUGUGCCUGUGAAGGAAGAGACGGAAGCUGAACGGUUAGUGAAAAAUCUAAGAAGCGAAAAUCAGGCUAAGAGCUUAGAUGGUCUAUACGCUUUCAUCAAAUCUCGACCUGACGCAGAGGACGAAGUUAACGCUGCUAUUGCUGCUCACCUCACACCGACUUUUCAGACUUACUGCAGAAGAAUGAUUGACCAACGGAAGAAUAGUGAUAAUCCAUCUCCCGCUCGACAAGGUGUAACUUCUCCAAUCCGAUCACCUUCACGUCCCGAAUCAAUGCCACCUUCUCUCAAACCCAUACCUACGAAUCCAAACCCACGUAAAUCAAUAGGACCGAGACCAUCAAGUCUAGCCUUAAACGUUGACAAGAGCGCUCCAUUGGAUGACCAAUUAGCUCAGUAUAAAAACCUAUUCAGGAAUCAAGCGCUAAACAAUUCAAGUAGAGAUGGGAGUUCCAGUCCACCCAGUAAGGAGACGGUCUCUGCCAACGAAAUCCUAGGUGAAGUUCAAGCUCAGGGCGGAAGACAUCCAAGAGCUAGUGAUGUAGAUUAG